GCGGGUUUCGGGCCGGCGUGUGGGCAUCUGGGGCCUGCCCACCCAGACGCGUCUUUUUCCCCUCCCUGGGUUCGACAGGGCCGCCUACCGUGGAGGCGCUCGGUGCCGCAGGUGGUAACCCAGAGUCUCCGGGGCGAGCGAGGCUUGCUUUCCCCCCGGAGGCCGCCCCCGCCUCAGAGCUUGGACACGUUUUCUUCCACCGCCCUGCCUUCUGAGGACCUCUGCUCUUUUCACCACAGCUUCUUCAGGUAUGAGGAGGAGAUGGAAGCACAUUCUCACGAGGUCCCAUCCCAGCCAGCUGUGAGCUUCAAGGACGUGGCUGUGACCUUCACGCAGGAGGAGUGGGGACAGCUGGAUCUGGCCCAGAGGAGACUAUACCGCACCAUGACUCUGGAGACCUGCAGCCACCUGGUCUCUCUGGGGCUUCUGCUUUCCAAACUGGAUGUGAUCAGCUGGAUGGAGCAAGGACAAGACCCAUGGAGGGCAGAACAGGGACCUCCCCAAGAUUGGAAGAAUAUAUUUGAAAAGAAAGAGUCAGCUUCCAAAGAAGAUUUUGCUGUGGAAGAACCAUUCCACCACAUAGAAAUGAAACACUGCCUACAGGAGGAGGGCCCCUGGUUGGUGUCAUUAGGAGAAAGGCAGGAUUGGAAGAACCAGCUAAGGGAGCACCAGGAGGACUCCUGGAAUCAAAUGGUACUUACCACAGAGACACUGUUUGCUCAAGGGGACCAUUGUGAGCAUGACCUUGGGGGAGGUUACCUGGGUAUAAGCCUUCUACCUCCAACAUUACUCACAAGAACACAUUUCUGUACCCUUGACUCACAGGUUAAAAAGUUGAAACAGAAUUCAGUUUUCAUGAAUCAUGAGAAAGGCCAGGCUGAUCGGAAGGCUUAUGAAAAUCACCAAAGUGCUGGAGCCUUCUGUCAGAGCAUUUAUUUGAAUAAACUUGGAAAUGUUGAAAUGAGAAAUAAAAAACUUUGUGAAUAUACUGUCACUAGUGACUCUUUGAGCUACGGUACCUCCCUGCAAUUUCAUAAUAGAUUUUUCUCAGCAGAGAACAAAAAUAACUGUCCAAACUAUGGAAACAUUAUCAAUCAUAGCAAGACUCGGAAUGAACACAAGCCAAUGCAUCUUAGAGAAUGUCAGUAUGAGUGUGAUGACUGCCUCAUACGAACCGAAAUAAGUGAUUGUAGAGAAGCACCAUUUAGGUGUGGGGAGGAACAUAAUGCCUUCCACGCAGCCUCAUCUUUUACUGACGGUGACAUCAUUCAGACUGGAAAGAGGCCACAUGCAUGUAGUCAGUGUGGAAAAUCUUUCAGCUGUUGUUCUAAGCUUGUUGUACACCAGAGAACACACACUGGAGAAAAGCCCUAUGAGUGUACUCAGUGUGGCAAGUCUUUCAGCCAGAGCUAUGACCUUGUCGUACAUCAGAGAACACACACUGGAGAAAAGCCCUAUGAAUGUAACCAGUGUGGGAAAUCCUUCACCCAGAGUUCCAAACUUAUUAGGCGUCAGCGAACUCACACUGGAGAAAAACCAUAUAAAUGUCACGAAUGUGGAAAAUCUUUAGGUGGAACUCUAACCUUAUUUAUUGUACAUCAAAGAAUUCAUACUGGAGAGAAGCCUUAUGAGUGUACUCAUUGUGGAAAGUCCUUCAGUCAAAGCUCAGACUUCGUUGCACAUAAAAGAACUCACACUGGAGAGAAACCCUGUGAAUGUAACCAGUGUGGAAAGUCCUUCAUUCGAAGCACUCAACUUAUUAGGCAUCUGCGAAUUCACACUGGAGAGAAGCCAUAUAAAUGCAAUCAGUGUGAUAAAGCUUUCAGUGGGGGCUCUCACCUUAUUGAGCAUCAGAGAACUCAUACUGGAGAAAAACCUUUUGAAUGUAAUCAGUGUGGGAAAGCCUAUACUGGGAGCUCUCACCUUCUUUCCCAUCAGAGAAUUCAUUCUGGAGAGAAACCAUAUGAAUGUAAUAACUGUGGGAAAUCUUUUCGGCAGCGAUCACAGCUUGUUGUGCAUCAGCGCACCCAUACUGGAGAGAAACCUUACAAGUGCAGUCAUUGUGAAAGAGCUUUCAGCCAGAGGUCUCCCCUCAUUGUGCAUCAAAGAACACACAUUGGAGACAAGCCCUAUCGGUGUAACGUGUGUGUGAAAGCCUUCAGUCAGAGGUCACGCCUUAUUGAACAUGAGAGAACACAUACUGGAGAAAAACCCUAUGAAUGUAUUGACUGUGGGAAAGCCUUUAAUGAUCGGUCAACACUUACGAAACACGAGAGAACACACACUGGCGAGAAACCUUAUGCAUGUAAUCAUUGUGAAAAGGCCUUUAGUCAGCGAUGUCAACUUACUAGGCAUCGGAGAAUUCAUACUGGAGAAAAACCCUAUGAAUGUAAUGAAUGUGGGAAGGUUUUCAGUUAUAAUACAUCCCUUAUUCAACAUGAAAAAACUCAUGGGAGAGAAGCUGAAUAAUCAAGAUGGAGACACUCACUGCCAAACCUUUAUUAGACAUUAAGUAACAAAGGUGUGACACUCAGUGUGGUCUAAUGACCAUGGAUUUCCUUGGAGUGUUCAUUGAAACCGCACAUUUCCAAGCUUACCUUGAUCUACUAAAUCAGAAU